AGGAAAGCCGAUCCAGUUGCAGUUCUUCCCCACACACCCCACCCCUUCCCAUCUCCGGCGAGAAGAUGGCGUCCGCGCUCUCCGUGCCGCUCCUCUCGGCGCUGCUCGGCGGGGCCGUCGCGCUCGUCUUCCUCGCCGGGUACCUGCGCCGCAAGCGCGCCGACAUCGCGCACCUGCCCCCCUCCGCCGCCGCCGCCGCGCCGGACCUGCCCAAGCAGGUCCGCCCCGCCGGCCAGAACAAGAAGGGCGGAGGGCACGCCCGCGUCCACCACCACCACACCCCCGCCGCCGACAAGGAGGCGGCCAAGAAGCACCACCACCUCGACGUCAACACCCUGAGGGGCCACACCGACUGCGUCACCGCGCUCGACUUCUCCACCGACGCCUGCAACCUAGCCACCGUAUGCGCGGAUGGGGUUGUGAGAGUAUUCAGGAUCGACGAUGCAUCAAGCAAGAGCUUUAAGAUUCUCAAGAUAAACUUGCCUGCUGGGGCACAUCCCACUGCCAUCGCUUACUCAGAAGGGUCAUCAUCCGUUGUUGUGGCAGCACAGGCGCUGUUAGGCUCGUCGCUCUACAUGUAUGCGGAUGUUGGUGCUCCUCCAACUGGGGGAAACAAACAGCAGGGCAAGCUUUCUCCUCCUGAGAUCAAGUGGGACCACAAAAAGAUUCACGGCAAGGAGUCGGUGCUGAACCUUGCGGCAGCUCGUGCGACUCAUGGGACUGGUGAUGGGAGCACAAUAGUGAUUUCUUGCUCUGAAGCAACUGAUAUCAAAAUAUGGCAUGGAAAGAGUGGCAAAGAGUUGGGAACAGUUGACACUAAUCAGUUGAAAAACAAUAUGGCUGACAUAUCCCCAAAUGGUCGCUUCAUUGCUGCUGCAGCUUUCACUGCUGAUGUCAAGGUGUGGGAGAUUGUUUAUUCGAAGGAUAGUUCAGUGAAGGAGGUUAACAGGGUUAUGCAGCUCAAGGGUCACAAGAGUGCUGUUACUAGUUUGUGUUUCACUCCGAUUCUGAGAAGAUUAUUACUGCGUCGAAAGAUGGUACCAUCCGAGUAUGGAAUAUCAAUGUAAGGUAUCACCUUGAUGAGGAUCCCAAAACCUUGAGAGUUUUGCCAGUCCCUCUGCAUGAUUCAAAAGGCUCUACUUGCCUGUAUGAACACAUGGGCAUCUCCCCAGAUGGUAAAGUUCUGGCUGUAACAAGCGGAUCGACGUUGCAAUGGUUAUGUGCAGAAACUGGCGUGGUUUUGGAUACAGCCGAGAAGGCUCAUGAAGGUGCUAUUUCUGGCAUUGCGUGGGCUCCACGGACAAUUCCAAAUGGUGGUGCUCCUGCGUUCAUUCUGGGGAGUUGCGGG